CCACACACAAACAAAGAGAGAGAGAGAGAGAGAGGGGUAGAAGAAAAACAAUAAUAUGAAGAAGAUGGGAACUACUACUACCAUUGUUUUCCUGGUCGCGGUUUUCCUGCUGGCCAGUACUGCUACGACUCGCCCCGCCGAAGCCAUGAACAAAGUGAACGUGCCGGUGCUGUGCAACAAACGAAACUUCGACAGCACCGACGAGCCCGAGGCCACGGCGGCGAGGGACGAGGUCCUGGGCCGCUUGGUAGGGUUGACAAGCUCGCAGCCGAAGAGGAAGCGGUUCUGCAUCACCACCGACGCCGACGACAGUGGGUUCACCGUCACCGGCCUGGCCACCUGCGCCGGGCGGUUCGAGCAGUGCUCCACGUGUCUCAACAGGGCCAGGAACCUUCUCAACCAGUUCUGCAGGAGUGGCAGCGGAGGACAGAUCAAUUUGGUUGAUCAGAAUCCAAAGUGUUUCGUUAGAUAUGAGAAGGACCCAUUCUGCUAAAGCUUAUAAUAAUCAUCCAAAAAAAAGGGUUAUUGCUUAUGUGCCGUAUUGAUCUGUAUGUUGUGCUGCACCGUUAGUGACAGCACUUUGUUGUUUGUUACUUACGUUCUGUAAGGAUCGAGUUUGUUUCUUUACUUCUUAAGAAUGUUGUAUGAAUUAUUGUAUUAAUAUUCCACAAAAAAACUAUGAUAUUGAG